CCUUACAAAUAGCACUAGAAUUUCCAUUGAUCGUCAAUCUCGUCUGCGCGUGCCAACACACACACGUACGCCAUGGCGGUGCCAAGGCUAGCCGUCUUCUUCCUCCUCGCCCUCCUCGCCGUCAUGUCGCCCGCCGCGGCGUCGGCGUCGGCGGCGGCGGCGCCGGAGACGUGCGUGCGGACGAUGCAGCGGAUGCUGUCGUGCCUGGACUUCAUCGAGCACCGCACCGACGCGGUGCCGCGGCCGUGCUGCGCGCAGCUGAACGCCACCGUCGCCAAGCAGCCGUGCUGCCUGAUGCACGUCCUGCACGGCGACGUGGCGCGGCUCGUCGGCCCGGGGUUCGACACCGCGCGCGCCAUGGUCAACGUCACCGCCGCCUGCCUCGGCGACGCCUCCGUCCUCAUGUCCAUCGCCCGCUCUUGCGCCGGUAAUUAACUAAUAAUCAAUUAAUCGUGCUUAAUCCUGUCUUGAUCUCCACUGAUCUGAUUAAAAGGCGCGAAUAUUAGGAAAACCUAAUAUUAAAUAAUUAGAAGAUUUAUCGUGCUUAAUCUCCACUGAUAAAAAAGCGCGAAUAUUAGGAAAGAACCUAUUUGGAAGGAAGAAACUAAUAUUAAAUAAUUAGAAAGGGUGAGGCUUCAAACUCGGAUCAUCUAGCUCACUACCUUAUAAAGUUAGCCGGAAGAUCCCUGGACGUUUAUGAAGAUCUCCAUUGAUUAAUUAAUAUAUUUAUUUUUUUUUUCAGGCAAGCCGCUGCCGCCACUUACGCCGGAAUAUCCGUUUACCACCGGAGUGCCGCCGGCGCCUCCGCAGACAUCCGGUGAGCAAUUUAAUUUCUUGCGAGCUUUUGAUCGUUAAAAUGUAGAUUGAACUGGAUUUUCAUGUUAUUUUUGUUGGAGUAGAUUGGUUUGUGAUGAAAUUUAAAAAAGGUUUGGAGAAAAUAACGGUGAUUUAAUUUACGUUUUGAACUUAAUUUAAUUAAUCCGAAUGGUAUUCGUGCGUGCAGGAGCGACGCGGCUGGAGGGCACGUCGAACACCGCGCUGUUAUUUGCACUUGGGGCGGUCGCCAUCGCCAUGCUACGGAUUUAGGUUGCACUCCGUCUGUUCGAUGCUGAUCUCUAGGAUUUAUAGUCAUAUAGAUGCUGAUCUCCAAGGUUUAUUGACAGGAAAGGCUUAUCUGCUUGUUAUAUUUUUUAACUAGUUUACAAUUCUGAAAUUCUUUUGUGGAAGAUAAGCUAUGUUUGUUUGUAGCAUUGCGAGGUUAACUACAUUGAGUGUUCGCUAUGGAAACACUAAUUAAUAUACAACUUGUUUUCUUAUAUUGCAUAGCAGAAGCACACGCACACAUAACAC